UGAUCACUUGGUACAUCAUGCCCGUAGCAACAGUGACGACUAGUGCUGCUGGAUCCUUGCACUUGUUGGAAGAUGAGGACCAAGAUGUCCGAGUGUAUGCUCUCAACCACUUGCUGGCGAUCGUACCUCAGUUCUGGGCGGAGAUUUCUGACAAAUUGAGCCUCAUCGAGAGACUGGCGGAUGAGUUAGCCCCCGAGCUGCCCCCAGACAGUCGCGACAAGGCCGCUCUGCUCGUAUCAAAGGUCUACUUUUACAUCGGAGAGCUGGAUGAAGCUGUCGAGUUCGCGUUGAGGGCCCAUCACUACUUUGAGAGGGAGCCAGAGGGCGAGUACAAGGAGACUAUCAUUUCUGGAUGUCUGGAUCGAGCGAUCAGAGAAACGGAAUGGGGCAAACCGCUGGAUCCCAAGCUGCAAUCUGUUGUCGAUAGAGUGCUUAGGAGUGGCGGCGAGAACGGGAAGCUUGUCAUGGGAUUAGCAUUGUCAUUGAGACGGCUCGAUCUGGUCGAAAUGAUCUUUCUGAGCUCUCGCGCGUCAUCUAGCGGUGCUACAUCAUCCUCUAGGCCUCUGCACGACGAGACUCUGCUCCGAUACGUUCUCCAUGAAGUCCUCAGUGGCCACGGGGGCUCGCAGGAGCUGCCAAAGGCUUUCGUCACCGAGCUCUUCACUUUGCUUCUGCGCCUUUUUAAUCUCAACCCCAAGCCCGACUACAACUCUAUCACUGCCCUUUGGGUUCAAUCCGAUUCGUCCGACGCCUGUGGAGAGGCGCUGGCCAACUUGUUAAAAGAUGGACAAGUACUCGAGGCGUAUCAGAUCGGCUUCGAUGUGGCAGAGGUCGCGACACAGGCUUUCGUUGAAGCAGUCCGAUCUCGUUUACAGGCUGCCGGACUUGGCCCAGACCCAAAGGAGGGAGAGGAAGAAGAUCUCGAAGCGCCACAGGUCAUCCUCAACGACAUUCUGCGUGGAGUCAAAAGCGCCGAGCUUUUCCUCAACUUCCUCAGCAAGAACAACAAGACUGACAUGUCAAUUCUCAAAGUCACCAAGGACUCACUUGAGGACCGCUACUCUAUAUACCAUUCUGCCAUUACCUUCACCAACGCUUUUGCCAAUUGCGGGACCACAUCCGACAAGUUCCUUAGAGAAAACCUCGAUUGGCUGGGUCGAGCGAGCAAUUGGGCAAAAUUCUCCACAACCGCUGCGUUGGGUGUCAUUCACCGAGGAUCCUGGGUCAACGGCCUCCGAGUUGUGAAGCCGUAUCUCCCCGGCGGUGCUUCGCCGAAUCUUUACAGCGAAGCCGGAGCGUUGUUCGCCCUUGGACUAAUUUACGCGGGACGCAGGGAAGGAUGUGAAGAUGAGCUGAAGAGGGGUCUCGCCGAGGGCAACGAUCCGAUUGUGCAGCAUGGCGCUGCUUUAGGUCUAGGCGUCUCUGCUCUGGCGACCGCCGAUGAAGAACUCUAUGAAGAGAUCCGAUCUGCCCUGUUCCAAGACAAUGCGACUACAGGAGAGGCCGCUGGAUACGCCAUGGGUUUGAUCAUGCUCGGGACGGAAUCAGAGAAAGCUCUAGAAGAGAUGACUGCCUAUGCCAGAGAAACCCAGCACGAGAAGAUCAUUCGAAGUCUUGCAAUCGGUCGUGCAUUUGUCAUGUACGGUGCCAAGGAGCGAGCCUCCAAGCUCAUUGCAGCUUUGAGUGACGAAAAGGACGCUAUCAUGCGAUAUGGUGGCAUGUUCAUGAUCGCUUUGGCAUACGUCGGCACAGGUGACAACGCCGCUACCAAACUUCUCCUCCAUUAUGCGGUUUCCGAUGUCAACGACGAUGUCAGACGUGCUGCAGUCACAGGUCUUGGCUUCGUGCUUUUCCGUAAUUACACUCAGGUCCCACGCGUGGUCCAGCUCUUAGCAGAGAGCUACAACCCACAUGUUAGACAUGGCGCUACUAUUGCUCUGGGUAUCUCAUGUGCUGGCACUGGGUGGGAGACUGCCGUAGACCUCCUCGAACCCUUGACCAAAGAUCCCGUCGACUUUGUGCGACAGGGCGCUUUCAUUGCCCUGGCCAUGAUUCUAAUGCAGCAAUCCGAGGCUCAGUCCAGCAAAGUGGCCAGCAUCCGUCAGAUCUUCAGCAAAGUAGUCUCCAACAAGCGAGAAGAUCCCAUGGCUCGAUUCGGAGCGUCUCUGGCGCAAGGCAUUAUCGAUGCGGGUGGACGUAACAUGAAUCUCUCACUCGCUACUCGAGCUGGAACUUUGAACAUGAACGCCAUCGUCGGUCUCACACUUUUUGUCCAAUUCUGGUACUGGUUUCCUCUCGCUCAUGGACUCGGUCUCGCUCUUUCUCCCACGGCCAUUAUUGCCGUCGACGAAAAGCUCCGCGUGCCCAAGCUCGACUUCACCUGCCACGCCAAGCCGAGCACUUUUGCCUAUCCAAGCGAGGUCAAGAAGGAGGUUGAGAAGAAGGAGACGAAAGCCAAGCCAGCGAUGUUGAGUACAACUGCGAAGGCGAGAGCGCGUGAGAAGACCAAGAAGGAGGAGAAGGGUGAAUCGAUGGAGACAGAUGAAAAGGAUGUCUCUGCAGAUAAACUGGAAGGCUCAUCCUCUGGUGUCCCCAACGGCACUCAGUCUACCCCAGCCAAGCCUCGCAAACCCGCCGAGCCGUCGUCAUUCACCAUCGGCAAUAUGACCCGAGUAACCCCGGUUCAGCAGUCGACCAUCUCGUUGCCUGAGACUGGACGGUAUGUUCCCAUUCGGGCCAUCGGUGGGCCGUCAGAAGUGCCAACUCGAGGGAGCAAAAAGCUUCAGAACUCUCAUGCUGCGAGCUCGAAGCGCGAUUACAGCGCGAAGAGCGGAAGUAUCGUCCUGUUGAGAGACACUAAGCCCGAAGAGGACGGAUCCUACAUCGAAUUGGACAAGAAUCUGUGGCCUGACGUCCAGUCUGAGCCUGAGGAAGCGCCGAUGCCACAGGAAUCCGGCUUGCCCGUCGAUGCUUCGGUCGUAGGACGCGAUUUGCCUGGAGGAGAGGCUGAACCUCCAGCGCCAUUCGAGUAUCCUUUUGAUGACUAGACUAAAUGAAAUUGGUGUCUGGCAAGGCCUGACGCGCUGGAAUGCAUUGAAGCAUGUGAUACAU